CCACAUUUUCUCGGCAACCAAACGGGCGGCUUUUAGGUUUUAUUAUUAUAUUAUUAUUAGUUUAGUCAAGCAAAAAAAAAAAAAAAAAAAAAAAAGGUUUUGAUUUUACAUGACGGGUUUGGUUGCUGAGAAAAUGCAGAGAGAUGAAAAACCAGUAUAAUCAGAAUACAAAAUCGCUUGCUUAAAUGUUUCUUUUGUUGGUUUUUACAUCAACAAACAGAGGAUUAUAUAAAUUUAUUUGCAAUUUCAGUAAGGUCGCAAUGGAUUGGAGUUUUGUAAAUAAAGCUUGGGACAAGUGGGCUUCUGUCAAUAUUGGCUCUUCUGUUGAGCCAUUGAAAGCUGCUCUUCUAAUCAACUAUGAUCCAACCGGACCGUCUCGAUUGCUGUCCACCAUUGCAGCACAAGAAGGAAUAAAAGUAACACCCAUUGAGUUGGCCCAUUUUAUGGAUUUUAUCAAAGGUGACAAGAUCCAGACAGAGAGCUUCAUUAUUGGGUUAAAUCAAUAUAUUAUCACUUCAAUUCAUGAGAAUUGGUUUUGCGCAAGGUGCAUGAACACAUCAAAGCCUGCUGGUGAAGGUGCUAUUGUUAUGCAAACAGCAGCAUUUAUCUUGGUUGCACUGUAUGAUGGUUCUAUUGGCUCAGCAUCUCGCGCUAUGAGUGCAGUUGAUCAGUUUGCAUCACAAUUGUGUCGAAGAAAUCUAUAACCAUGUUUUCAUCUAUUAUGUGAUUGUAUUCACUCUUUUUUGUGUUUGAUUAAUUUUUCUAUUGUUUAUCCUCAAUUUUGAUGCAGUUGUAGUCAUCACCAUCAUUAAUCAUGAUAAGGAAUAUAGUCAGAUGUGUUUUUUUUUUUUUUUUUUUCUUUUUCUUUUCCUUGAUUUGUACUGUAUGUGAUUUUUCCUAGUCACAAAUGAAGCUAUAACGUGACUGAUGGAAGAAAUGAAUUUAACCCCUGAUUAUGUUUUUCAUGCA